GUUCAAGUAUCUACACCUAGGCAUUCAUUCCCGCCACAUAUAGAAAACCCUUGAGAAAAACCCUAGCCUCCACUCUCGCUAAACCCCACUCAUACACAUCCUCUGCAAAUUCCCCAAAACCUUCAGCCAUCAUCAAUGGACGCUCAAGCCGUGAAAUCAAACCUCGUCCUAAUCCUCGACUUCGGCUCCCAGUACACGCAUCUCAUCACUCGCCGAAUCCGCGCCCUCAACGUUUUCUCCCUCUGCAUCAACGGCACGUCCUCUUUGAAAUCCAUCGCCGAUUUGAACCCGAGUGCAAUCAUCCUCUCUGGGGGCCCCCACAGCGUCCAUGCGCCUGACGCGCCGUGCUUCGCGCCCGAGUUCAUCGAGUACGUGGAGUCAAAAAAUGUCGCCGUUCUAGGCAUAUGCUACGGGCUGCAGCUGAUCGUGCAGCAAUUGGGGGGUGAGGUCAAGGUCGCCGGGAAGCACGAGUAUGGAAGGAUGGGGAUUGAGGUGGAGAAGGUCGAGGGAUUGUUUGGGAAUAAGAAGGUUGGGGAUAAGCAGAGCGUGUGGAUGAGCCAUGGCGACGAGGCCGUCAGGCUGCCGGAGGGGUUUGAAGUGGUCGCAAGGAGCCACCAGGGGGCCGUUGCCGCCAUUGAGAAUCGAGCUAGGGGUUUUUAUGGAUUGCAGUAUCAUCCUGAGGUAACACAUUCACCGGAAGGAAUGGAUACACUUAAAUAUUUCUUGUUUGACAUAUGUGGAAUUAGUGCUAAUUGGAAGAUGCAAGACAUUCUUGACGAGGAGCUCAAGGUGAUUAAAAGUACAGUCGGACCGGAUGAUCUUGUCAUCUGUGGGCUGUCUGGUGGCGUGGACUCGACUGUUGCAGCUACUCUUGUUCAUAAGGCUAUUGGAGAUAGGCUUCAUUGUCUUUUUGUUGACAAUGGAUUAUUAAGGUGGCGUGAGAGGGAGAGAGUGAUGGAGACAUUUGAGAGAGAUCUUCAUUUACCUGUUACUUGCAUUGACGCUUCAGAGCAGUUUCUCAGCAAGCUAAAAGGUGUUACAGAGCCUGAGAAGAAAAGGAAAAUCAUUGGGGAGGAAUUCAUUAAUAUAUUUGAUUCUUUUGGUCAAGAAUUGAAGCAGAAAUUGGGAAAGGAACCUGUGUAUUUGGUACAAGGAACCUUGUAUCCUGAUGUGAUCGAAUCCUGCCCUCCUCCCGGAAGUGGAAGGACUCACUCUCACACAAUUAAAAGUCACCAUAACGUCGGAGGGCUUCCCAAGAACAUGAAACUGAAGCUCAUCGAGCCUCUUAAACUUCUGUUUAAGGAUGAGGUUCGUGAACUGGGAAAAAUCAUGGGGGUUCCAGAGGGCUUCUUGAAGCGCCAUCCCUUCCCUGGCCCUGGCCUUGCAGUUCGUGUGCCUGGUGACGUUACGUUGGGAAACCAUUUGGACAUUCUCCGUAAGGCGGAUGAGAUUUUCAUUCAAUCAAUCAAAGAUGCUGGGAUUUAUGAUUCCAUAUGGCAAGCCUUUGCUGUUUUCUUGCCCGUACUAACUGUUGGUGUGCAAGGAGAUCAAAGAACGUAUAGUUAUGCCAUUGCGCUGAGAGCCGUCACCAGUCAUGAUGGAAUGACUGCAGAUUGGUAUGACUUUGAUCACAAGUUUCUUGCUGAUCUAUCCACAAAGAUUUGCAACGAAGUUGCUGGUGUAAAUCGAGUUCUUAUGGACAUUACUUCGAAGCCUCCAUCGACUAUUGAAUGGGAAUGAAUGAUCAAAUCGAAAUCUUCCAAUUUUUUGUUGUUACCUGCAACUCACUAGUGUUAGAACUUAGAAGUGUAAUACGCAGUUUUACCUUUGAAUUUUGAUGAUGAAGAUGUUGGUGAUUGAGUUCUGUGGUAUAUUAGUGUGUUUCUUUGCA